UCGGGCACCUAGUUAGGAUGCCACCUGGGCGCCUCCCUAGGGAGGUGUUCCAGGCACGUCCAGCUGGGAAGAGACCAAGGGGUAGACCUAGGACCAGGUGGAGGGAUUAUAUCUCUUCGCUGGCCUGGGAGCGCCUUGGGAUCCCCCAGUCAGAGCUGGUUGAUGUCUCCAGGGAAAAGAAAGUUUGGGGCUCUCUGCUGGAACUGCUACCCCCGCGACCCGACCACGGAUAAGCGGAAGAAGAUGGAUGGAUGGAUGGACAUGACAUAUAACAUGCAGCAGUGGGGGCACCAAGAUGUCUGUUCAUAAAUAUUUGGAUGGUUGAAUCGAAUAAUUACAAAGUACCAUGUGUGUAUAUUUUUACAUAAUUAUGGAGUGAGCAUCCUCUGUAUCAAUACUGUUACAUAUACAAUGCAUUGUGUAAAAAAUAUCCCUUAAACCUACUCAAAUGUUUAAAUAAAACACAUUAAAGGUUCAGCCCUAAACAAUAGUAUGAAAAGGGAGAUUAGGUAAUGUCCCGUGGGGAAAUUGUUCGGCCGACGCCUUAAUAAUCAGCUUUAAAAGGAUGUUUAAAAUGAAAGAGCAUGUUUGGAACAAUGCUCCCCUCCAACACCACAGACGCUGAAGGAGUAGGUAUACCUCUCUCAGUGAACUUUGACAGCCCUGUGGAUUAUGCCAUUUUUAUUUUUCAAUUUAUCUUUGCAACAACUGCUGUUCUGGUACCAGGACAUUUAGUCAUCACCAUAUUGUCCACCAAAGCUCUCCACCUCCAGAACAGGUUCAUUUUCAUGCUGAACACCAGUAUUUGUGACACGCUGGUGGGGUGUUCAGUGUAUUAUCUCGGUCUGUUUGAUGUGCAGGAAGGAUUUCCUUCGAGAAAUGGCAGUUAUAAUAUGUUACCUUCUCUUCUUGGGGUAAACUUAAUGACGUUUUUAUUUGCACAGUUUGACCGCUAUUUUGCUGUUUGCCACCCAUAUUUGUACACGCGCUUCAUAACCCGACGGGUGGUAAUCUCUGUAAAUGCCUGCUGUUGGAUUCAUGUUUAUUUUCAGACCAUCAUUUUACUGUUCUUGCCACUUUCCAGAGCGAUACAGAUGUAUGUUUUCGGAAUUGUCAGCUUACAAAUCAUAGUGCUCACCAAAGUGAUCAUGACUAUCAAACUGUAUGUUGUUGCCAGGUACCAGCUGGCAAGAGACCCCCCCAGCGCAGAGAGAGAAAACAACAAGGAAUCAUUAAGAAUCAUCAUCUUUGUUGUCAUUAUCUUUUUACUGUUGUGGGGUCCCUCUUUUGUUAAUAUAGUCCUCAGACUGCUGUUAGGAGGGGGGCUGAUAUUUAGGAACGAGGCCACCAAUGUCUUUGCAAUUAUGGCUCGUCUGAACGCUGUGUGCACUCCAGCCGUGUACCUGUGGGGCAGCCCGGCUCUCAGGCAGGCCACGGUGAAGCAUGUGUGGGGCAGAGUGUGUCCGAGAUGCAGGAAACGGUAAAAGGAAACACGCGGCCUAUAACUGCAAUAGGCCUACAUAUUCUAUUCCAUUCCCUCCACAGCAGACCUGCAAAGAGCAGAGUUGAGCUCCUCCUGUGAUUCACUGACUGCACACAUGUGUUAACCGAGGAUUCCGUCAGCAAGGAUUCGGAGAUAAGGGACUGUAUAACUGACUUGAGGGGACGGGAACAAUUUGAAUUUUAUUUUAACAAUAAUUGUAUUCGCCAUGAGUAUGUUGUGAUAGGUUGUUCUGAUUUUGAAAUGCACUUUGCUCGUCUGAUAGAAUUUGCAUGCUUUAUUUAGGCCGCUCUUCUGUUUACUUUUACAGUUGAAUAAGUCAUUACAUUUUUUCUGAAUAAUUGAUAAGUUCUGCUCAGGGCUAUAUGACUUUUUGUUUAAAUUCUUAACAAAAAUGCUAUUUCGCCGUACAUUAUCUGUUUUGGCUGUUAAUGGGCAGGUCAUGGUCUUUAGAGUUUUGUUAAUAGGCUACUAGGCCUAUAUGGUUUAAAACCAAUGGAAUGUGAUAUUAAGUUUCGGUUUGGUUAAUUAUUAUUAUUAUAUAUUUCAAUGAACUAGUUAUUUGAAAUAAAUGUUUUAUAUGUCCCGAUAGAAAUGGUGUUUUCCAACAAACGUGGAUUUAAAGAAGAAAUAAACAUUUGUGCAGAGAAGAUGUUGGGCAGCUUGCAGCAAGAACAUCAUUACUUUUCUGCCAGAUUUCACUUUUUCAUAUGUCAAACAGCUACCACAAAAAAAGC